AUGAACCCUAUGCCCUAUGCCAGCAGGAUCUGUUCAGCAGUCACUAGUCCCUCUCUUGUCAGUCUCCCAUAUGGCUCUUUCUUUCCCAUUACCCACAUUACUAACAACAGAAUGACCACUGCUUCACACUCCGUAGUCCACGAGGCUAACGACGUGCAAAUGCGUCAUACCCCAAAGGAAUUCUUCGAAAGACAACCCCAAAAGGGUCACAUUGCCUCUUUGGACCAAUACCAUGAGAUGUACCAACAAUCCAUCGAGGACCCCGAGGCCUUCUUUGGCCCAAUGGCCCGCGACCUCUUGCACUGGGACAGAGACUUCACCAAGGUCAAGUCUGGUGACUUGGUCAACGGUGACGCACAAUGGUUUAUUGGAGGUGAGUUGAACGCUGCAUACAACUGUGUGGACCGUUGGGCAUAUACACACCCUAACAAGACCGCCGUCAUCUACGAGGCUGACGACGAGGCUGACUCUUCUACUUUGACCUACGCCGAGCUUUUGCGUGAGGUUUCCAAGGUCGCCGGUGUUUUGAAGAGCUGGGGUGUCGCCAAGGGUGACAAUGUCGCCAUUUACUUGCCAAUGAAUGCCUCGGCUAUUGUUGCCAUGUUGGCUGUCGCUCGUUUGGGUGCAGUGCACUCUGUGAUCUUCGCUGGCUUCUCUGCAGGUUCUAUCAGAGACAGAGUUAACGAUGCUCAAUGUAAGGCCCUUAUCACCUGUGACGAGGGUCGUCGUGGUGGUAAGACCAUCAACAUCAAGAAAUUGGUUGAUGAGGCUUUGGUCUCUUGCCCAUCUGUGCAGAAGGUCUUGGUUCACCGUAGAACCGGUUCUGCCACCAUCGAAAUGGCUGAGGGUAGAGACUACUGGUGGGACGAGGAGACCAAGAACUUCCCUGGUUACUGUCCUCCAGUUCCUGUCAACUCCGAGGACCCUCUUUUCUUGUUGUACACCUCUGGUUCCACUGGUACUCCUAAGGGUGUUGUCCACACUACUGGUGGAUACUUGCUUGGUGCCGCCAUGACCACCAAGUACAUCUUUGACGUUCACUCUGAGGAUGUGUUGUUCACUGCUGGAGAUGUCGGUUGGAUUACCGGUCACACCUAUGCUCUUUACGGUCCUUUGCUUUUGGGUGUUCCAACUGUGGUCUUUGAGGGUACUCCUGCUUACCCAGACUACGGCCGUUUGUUCCAAAUCAUUGAGAAGCACAAGGCUACUCACUUCUACAUAGCUCCUACUGCUUUGCGUCUUUUGCGUAAGGCUGGUGAGGCCGAGAUCCCUAAGUACGACUUGUCUUCCUUGCGUACUUUGGGUUCUGUUGGUGAACCUAUCUCUCCAGACAUUUGGGAGUGGUACAACGAGCACAUCGGAAAGGGCCAAUGUCACAUCUCUGACACCUACUGGCAAACAGAGUCCGGCUCGCAUUUCAUUGCUCCUAUUGCCGGUGUCACUCCUAACAAGCCUGGUUCUGCUUCUUUGCCAUUCUUCGGUAUACAAACUUGUUUGAUUGACCCUGUCAACGGUACCGAGAUCCUGGGCAACGAUGUCGAGGGUGUCUUGGCUGUCAAGAACACCUGGCCAUCCAUGGCCCGUACCGUGUACAAGAACCACGAGAAGUACAUGGACACCUACUUGCGCCCAUACCCAGGUUACUACUUCACCGGAGACGGUGCUGCCAGAGACCACGACGGUUUCUACUGGAUUAGAGGCAGAGUCGACGAUGUUGUGAACGUUUCUGGCCAUCGUUUGUCGACCGCUGAAAUCGAGGCUGCCUUGAUUGAGCACCACGGUGUCUCUGAGGCUGCCGUUGUUGGUAUCAACGAUGACUUGACUGGACAAGCCGUCAUUGCUUACGUCGCCUUGAAGGACGAGUUUGCUGCCACCAUCGACGGUCAUGAGACCAGCGACGCUGCCUUUGCCCUCAGAAAGGACUUGGUGAUGGUUGUCAGAAAGCACAUUGGUCCAUUUGCCGCUCCUAAGUCGGUCAUUAUUGUCCAAGACUUGCCAAAGACCCGUUCUGGUAAGAUCAUGAGAAGAAUCUUGAGAAAGAUUUCUUCUAACGAGGCCGACCAAUUGGGUGACAUCACCACCUUGUCUAACCCACAAUCUGUGGCAGGUAUCAUUGACGCCUUCGGUGCUCAAUUCGGCAAGAAGUAA